AUGAGCCAAAGGCAGGUCUUGCAAGUCUUCGAGCAGUACCAGAGAGCCAGGACGCAGUUUGUACAGACGGUGGCUGAGCUUGCUACUAGGCCUCAAAACAUUGAGACCCUCCAGAAUGCAGGUGUCAUGGCUCUGCUGAGACCGCUUCUGUUGGACGUGGUUCCGAAUAUUCAACAGACAGCUGCCUUGGCUCUUGGGAGACUCGCCAAUUACAAUGAUGAUUUGGCAGAAGCGGUCGUGAAGGGGGAUAUUCUUCCACAACUUGUCUAUUCGUUGGCUGAACAGAAUCGUUUCUACAAGAAGGCAGCUGCGUUUGUCUUGCGAGCAGUUGGGAAACAUUCGCCUCAGCUGGCCCAAGCGAUCGUUGACUGUGGAGCAUUAGACACGCUGGUGAUCUGCUUGGAGGAUUUUGAUCCUGGAGUAAAGGAAGCAGCAUCCUGGGCUCUUGGCUAUAUAGCAAGACACAAUGCAGAACUGUCACAGGCGGUGGUGGAUGCGGGAGCCAUCCCUCUUUUAGUGCUCUGUAUCCAGGAGCCCGAGAUCGCCCUGAGGAGGAUUGCUGCUUCAGCGCUCAGUGAUAUUUCAAAGCAUUCUCCGGAGCUGGCGCAGACGGUGGUGGACGUGGGGGCUAUUGCUCACUUGGCUCAGAUGAUCCUCAACCCCGACGCCAAACUGAAGCGUCAGGUGCUUUCAGCUCUCAGCCAGAUAGCGAAGCAUUCUGUGGAUUUGGCAGAAAUGGUGGUGGAAGCAGAAAUUUUCCCUGUUGUACUCACGUGCCUGAAGGAUUCUGAUGAAUACGUCAAGAAAAACGCAGCCACUCUCAUUAGAGAGAUAGCGAGGCAUACGCCUGAGCUUUCUCAACUGAUAGUGAAUGCAGGGGGAGUCGCUGCUGUGAUUGAUUGUAUCGGCAGCUGCAGAGGGAACGUCCGGCUCCCUGGGAUCAUGAUGCUGGGCUACGUGGCAGCCCAUUCCGAGAACCUGGCCAUGGCGGUGAUCAUCUCCAAGGGGGUGCCGCAACUGGCCGUGUGCUUGUUGGAAGAACCAGAAGAUCAUAUUAAGGCGGCGGCUGCUUGGUCCUUGGGACAGAUCGGGAGACAUACGCCGGAACAUGCCCGGGCAGUGGCAGUAGCCAACGUCUUACCCGUCUUGCUGUCCCUGUAUAUGGCAAGUCAAAGUUCAGAAGAUCUUCAAGUCAAGACUAAGAAAGCCUUAAAGAAUAUCCUCCAGAAGUGCACUUACCUGCCGGCGCUGGAGCCCCUUCUCCACGAGGCUCCUCCCAACAUUCUGAAGCACAUAGUUGGGCAGUUCAGUAAGGUUCUGCCGCACGAUUCCAAAGCCCGGCGCCUUUUCGUAACAAGCGGCGGCCUUAAAAAGGUCCAGGAGAUAAAAGCGGAGGCCGGCUCGCUUCUUCAAGAGUACAUCCACACUAUUAACAAUUGUUAUCCCGAGGAGAUAGUCAGGUACUAUUCCCCUGGAUAUUCUGAAGCACUUCUGGAAAGGAUAGAAAAUUACCAGCCUGUUCUAUAAACCCUUCAGCUUUUGUGAUAACAAUAUUUUUCACCCUAUUUCC